AUGGCAUACAGCGGUCGCAUGAGCAUGGCGCCGCGAGGCUCCCAACAGCCAUCGAGCCAGCCUCGCGCUCGCAAAGAGGACAAUGAAGACGCCUUUAUGACACUGAUUGCAGGAUGCAUCAGCGACAUUGGCAUCCCCUUCAGCAUCCAAGACCUGCAAAAGCCCAAUCCACAACAAAUCCAGAAAGUCUUCGAAUGGCUGGCCGAGCUGUUGAUGAACACGACGCGCGAAGUCGUCGCACCUGCCAUGAAGGCCGCAGCAGAAGACUUGUGCGCCGACGACCCGGAGAGAAUCUUCACGGCCGACACGCGCGACCUCAUGGGCUUCUUUGUCACUUUGCGCCGCCUGCUGCUCGAGUGCGGCAUCAAGGACUUUACCUUCCAGGACCUGUACAAACCGACACACCCGCGUCUGGUCAAGAUCUUCUCCUAUGUCAUCAAUUUUAUCCGCUUCCGCGAGUCGCAGACGUCGGUUAUCGAUGAGUACUUUAACAGCACCGAGCGCACAAAGGCUCGUAUCGAAGAGCUGUACAAUGCAAAUCAAGAGAAGGAAGAAAUGCUGCAGGAGAUGCAGCGCAACAGAAAGAAUGUCGAACAAGCCAUGCAUGACAAGGAAAAGAAGAACAGCGAGCUCAAGGCCCGCCUACUCGAGCUCAAGAAAGGCCAGGAAAAGGUGGCUGAGAAGCUAGACCGCGUCAAAUCAGAACAGAGCAGACUCAAGCAAGCCCUCGAGGACAAACAGACUCAAGCCAUCAACGUUCGCAAAGAAGCCGACAAACUGCGUCCCUACACACAACAAAGCCCCGCAGCCCUCGAAACGGCCCUUCGCGACCUAAACGCAAACCUCACAGCCGACAAGUCCGAAAUUGACCGUCUUGACCGCCGCACCCGCGCCCUUCAAACAAGCACCGACACCUUUACUCUCCUCCGCGAUGACGUGAACGGCCUCAGCCGCUUACUAGAAGACCUCCAAACCGAACUGAAAAAGGAAGACGAAGAGGCCUCACGGGCAAACAAACACCGCGACGCCCUCUCGGAGCGCUCUAAUAACGUGCGCGAGAUUGAGCGUCAAGAACGCAUGCUCAGCAAACAGCUCGCCAACAUCCAAGAACGCACGAACAAUCUACGACAGGGUGCAGGCGCAAAGGCUGAAGAAGCAAAGAGACGCAUGGAGUCGUUGAAGCAGACACACUCCGAACUUGGUGAAGAGAGACGCAAGCGUGGUGAAGAAGUCGAGAGGAGACGCAUCAGAAUCGAGCAGACGGAGAAGAAGAUGGCCGACUUGAAGGAGAACAUUGACAUGGAGGUUCAGAGUGCAAAGGAGGAGUAUCUGAAGAUGGAGUCGCACAUCAAGCUCUACAUUACCGAGAUGGAGCAGAGCUUGGUUUGA